GAGGACAGCUUCACGGACGGAGUGAACUCCCAGUUCUUCUUGGAUGCUUCGCGCGGCCGCUUCACAGUGAACGGAGAGGUCUUCUGCUUCCAGGAUGCGGCCGGCGAGGACGAGGCUUCCUUCGUGGCCCGGCUGGAAGCUGCAGUGCGCGCCGUUGCGCCCGCGGCGCUGCUCGAGCGUGUGACCACCGCCAUGAGCCAAUCUGGCUUGGCCGCGCUCGAGAAGGCGAGCCUGUGCACCGUUGUGGUGUCUGGCGGGUCCCUCAGCGUCCACUACGCGCUGACCGCCGACUCGGCAGGCGACCCUGGCAGUGCGGUGGUGGAGCUGGGCAUGCAGCGCCGGGACUUCCGGGCGUACUUCGCUGGCAGCGACGACAUGGAACCCUUGCCCAGCGACGUUGGGUCGACCAUGUGGAAGGCAGCCACCGUCUUGUUCAGACCUGACGGCGACGUCGAUGUCAGGGAGCUGGAGGACGGCGUGGAGAUCAGGAGGGCAGGGCGGCUCCUGCCAGCGGCCGCGCUGCGCGCGCCCAUUCCGGCCCGCCCCGCGCCUGCCCGGGCGCCGCCCGGUGCUGCGUCCUGCUGGUCGGCGCCCCGCCAUCUGUGCUGGGCGCUCCGGUGGCUCCUGUGUUGCUGCUGCCGCCGGUGGCGGCGCCGAGACGCGAGGGAGUGGGCCGCGUGACCGCCGCGCGCCUGCGCGCCUGCCGCGGGAGUUCUGCCGUCCGCGACCACAACGGGUGUGGUUACGCCGGGUUGUGGUUGUCGAUCGGCGCCGUUGGGGCUUUGGGGGCCACCACGUUGCGCCGAAGCUCAAUCUUACUUGAGUCCUUUGCAAACCACACCCUUCGGAGUCGCCGAAGCUGGCAUGGGCCCGUGCGGCGGCCCUCUGCCCAGCCGCCGCGGCGCGCCGCGUGGCCACCUCGCUGCGUUGGCUGCGCCGCGCCCGCGCAAGCCGCCGAGCGGCCGGCGAAGAGCUGCCUCCGAGCCGCUGGGGGCAGUGCGGGCGGCUGGCGCGUGUGGUGUCU